AUGAUUUUUUUUUGUCUCUGCUUCUUUCAGCUCCAAGGCUCCUUGAAGAGAAAAUUGGUGGUAAAUCUGUCGCCUGUCAACAAGAGGCCCAAUGGUGUUUCAGAGAGCUCUUUCCAUGACAUUAAGAGGAUAAGAGUGGGUGACAGUAUCUCAGUGGGACAAGGUGGACAGCAUGUUAACAAUUGCCAAAGCCAGUCAAUGUCAGGAACUAUGACUGUUGGGCAAGGAUCACAAAGAAAGGCCAGCAGCCUAGCAAACAAUACCCAUGCUAGUGGGAGUGACAUGUUUAAUAUGACUUUGAAAGAGGUAAAGAAAGAACCAGGAGAAACAAUGUCCUGCAGCAAACACUUAGAUGGCCAGACAUCCCAUGAAAACAUGUUCCCUAACAGAUAUGCAGAAGAACCAUGGGACCAAAUGGAUCUUGAGCUUCAGGAACUGUUUAAUGAACUGACUAACAUAUCGGUGCCACCAAUGAGUGAUAUUGAGCUAGAGAAUAUGAUAAAUGCCACGAUAAAACAAGAUGAGCCAUUCAACAUUGACCUUGGGCAGCAGAACCAGAGGGGCCCUGUGAGAUCUCUGCAGAUGGAUAAGAUGGUGAUAAAAAGUGAGUAUGCAGCAGGCAUGAAUCAGGCUCCUGUGGGCUCCCCACAGAUGAGGCCUUCUUCUACAGGUCCAGCCUUCACUAUGGCUACCACUGCCAUGUCUGCCUCUUCACCCAUCCCCUCGGUGCCUCAAACACAGGUGUCGCAGGUUUCUUCUGCGUCCAGUCGGCCAUUGCCUAACUGGCAGGAGGUGUCUCAUGCACAGCAGCUCAAACAGAUCGCAGCCAAUCGGCAGCAGCACGCCUUGAUUCAGCAGCAACAGCAGCAGCAGAACCAGACAGCCAACUGGUCCACUCUGUCUCCAUCAGGACCUUCCCCUGGACCCUUUGUGCAAGAGAAAAUCCCCAGCCCUUCUUUUCGCCAGCAGCAGUUCAGCCCACAAAGCUCAGCAAUGCUUGGGGUGCCAGUGAAUGGAAACCAGACAAAAGGGAUGAACAACUAUGUUUAUAAACCUACCACUCCCCAGAGCAACCCCAUGGACAUAAUCAUGCAACAGAAGCCUCAGGACCUCAACAGAAACUUUAUAAACAGUGCUCAGCCACCUCUAGAGCAGCAUCAUGGCAACACAAAGCCUUUGUUUCACUUAAACUCAGAGCAAACAAACCAGCAGAUGCCUUCGGUUUUGGGUUCCCAAAACAAGCCUGCCCUUCUGCACUACACCCAGCAGGCACAGGGUUUAGCUCCCGUGCAGCAGCCACAGCAACAGCAGCAACAACAGCCACAGCCACAAACUGCUCAGCCUCUCCCAAACCAGUCUCUCCAGAGGCCACCUAAUGUAACCCUAGCAAUGCAGCAAAAAAUGAUGCUUCAGAAAAUGCAGCAAAGCCAGCAAAUCUCAGGUUUGCAGUAUCCAGUCUCUCAGCAGCACAGACAGGAACAACACUCUGUGGUAGGCCAGGGAGCUGGCCCCACUCCAAGCUCCAGUUCUUGCUCAAAUCCAAACACUGGAAGUGGUUACAUGAACUCAUCCCAGCAAUCAUUGUUGAAUCAGCAGCUGAUGGAAAAGAAACAGGCUCUGCAACGGCAAAUGAUGGAGCAAAAACAACUCCUUCUACAGCAGCAGAUGUUGGCAGAAGCUGAGAAAAUAACUCCACAAGACCAGCUGAACAGACACUUGACAAGACCACCACCAGAUUAUAAAGACCAAAGAAGGAACGUGGUCAACAUGCAACAAGCAAACCAAUAUCCUGGUGGUUCACCAGCUGUGAGCAUGAGCUCCAACAACAUGUCCUUAUCCAACCCAAUUUCAACUCAUAGCAUCAUGCCCCAGAGCUCCAGCCUCAUGUCCACCCCUGCUGGAACCCGGAUGCCUUCUGUUCCUGCCGCUCGGAGCAUGGGCUGCUACGGGAAUCUUCCUUGCAACCAACCAAGCACAUACAAUGUGACUUCAGGAAUGAACCAAAUGCAGCCACACAGAAACCAAAAUCAAGUUCUGCCCAAUCAGAAUAACCCCAUGGUGUCCCGACAGCAAACCAUGACACAGGGGAACAACGGGGCGGCUUUUGGGACGGGGACAGUGGUCAACUCUCAGCAAAUAAGGCCCAGCUUGACCCAUGGAGCGACAGGUAUCCCUGCUCAACGGCCGGCCAAUGUGAUGAUCACAGCUACUGCCAAUGCCCAGAACUGGGCCCCACAAGAGGCUGCAGUGAAGCAGCAGGAUGCACUGAAACCUGCAGGGGUCCGUUUCCCCACCGGCACUCCAUAUCCUAACCAGUCUUUGCAGCGCAACGUAGGCAACCAGCAUUUUCCUCAGCGUGCACUGGCACCUCCUAACCAGUUAACGGCGGGAGUCCAGAUGAGGCCCCCUCUAAACCAAAUGCACCAGACUCUAAAUGGACAAUCUGCUGGCUCGCUACGAGGGCUCAGCAUAAGACCCAGUCAGCUGAGAGGACAGACUGUGCCUACCUUGAAUCAGCCAGGAACAAGUAUGACACCGCCGUCAUCUCUGCCAUCAACCGGUUUCACAACUACCAACCAAACCUCCCGGGCUUACCAAGGAAGUGACCAUGGUAAUGACCUAGCGUUUGACUUUCUGAACCAGCAAGGUGACAGUAUAGGACCUGCGCUCAACAGUGACUCGGAUUUUAUAGAUUCUUUACUGAAAACAGAGCCUGGUAACGAUGACUGGAUGAAAGACAUCAACCUCGAUGAAAUUUUAGGGAACCACUCGUAAAACUGAAGUGACAGUGUAAGUGAUAUUCCUGCCUGCCACAAAGGAGUGAAAAUAUGUGAAGGGUCUGUUCCCCACACCUGUGCCCAACCCAUUGCAAACUCAUUGGUUCUUAGAGUGGCUCCGGGGGAAAAAAACGUUUUCAGCUUCCCACACAUGGAAGCACCAGACAGUGUUAUGGGUUGUGGAAUAUCAUUUCUCUGAGUGCAAGUAAGACCUCAAGUGGUCCACAGCUUUUCCAUCAUCGUGUUUGACAGCCCUUAACUUCCUCGGGACUGCUCAGCCCUGACAGCAUCAAGCCCUGUGUAAAUCUCAUGGCAUUACAAAAACUAUUCACUUCUGCACAGUACAAACUUACAUUUGCUUUCCCAAUGAUUUUGCUAUAAACUGUACUUUUUGUAGCACACAGCAGGGUAAGUGGCCUCAUCCAAGGGAAGAAGGAAACAGAUCAUCCAGUGUGUUACUCAGUGUGCUCUAGCAUUUGUGCUCUCCCUUUCAUCAGUGUUUGCAGUGAGUAUUAGAGGAUGCUGCUGCUCUGCCAGCAGCACGGUCAUUCUGGGCAUUGAGGGAAACAUGAGAUGAACUACUACCAAAGCUCAGGAUCCUCACUUUGCCACCUUGCCCUUCCCCAGGGACUCCAGUGACUUAAUAGAAAUUUGAGUGAGAAGGAUGCUCAUGAUUUGACCCUGACUACUCCCAGUCCAACUUAGAGGAGGGCAAAUACCUAAAGUGGCUCAGUUAAGCCACUACCCUCAUUUUCAUCUCAAAUCAUGGCGAGUAUCAAUCAGGUAGUUCGGCCUGAUCUUCUCUCAAACAGGUUUAGCUCAGACAAAAUGCCAUUAUUUACCUGCCGGGGGGAAGCUGCCAUUUUGGUUGCACAGCAUUUUCUUCCCAUCCUGUUUUCUCCUUUGCCAUAUGGGGGGAGUUGAAAGAGUUCUGGUGAAGGCCCAGGUCCCCACAGCCUCUGUCUGGAGUAGGAGAGGCUCUGCCCCUGAAACUAGCAUGCACAUCCGUUAUAACUCACAGCAGGAGGCUCCAUCAGCCACAUCUGUGCUUGUACAUGAAACAGUUCUGGGGAUUAUUUUGGGGCACUGGAUUCAAUGAUCUGUUCUGGGUUUGAGGAUGGACCAACUAAUAUUGCCCUGAGCAAUUUCUGCGCAUCACUAGAAAGAUAUCCUGGGGCAAGGACCAUUCCUAUGAGCAGUUUCAAGCUUGUCUUGAAGGCUAACAGAGCAGAGCAUUAAGGAUACAGGCUGUCUCACACCUGCCAGGGAAUAGUCUUGACUACAUUAAACUUUUUGCUAUAUACUUGGUCAGUUACAGCAUCAGAAGGAUAUGCUAUGUCACUAUAAAGCAGCUCCACAGUGAUUCAGACAGGAUUCAUGGAUGGGAACAGAUCUUGCAAUUCAAAUGUAAAUGCUGUUCUUUCAAAUGAUGUGGUGCAAUGUGUUUCACAGCCUCCUCUGAAUUAGCUAAAACUAGAUGUGGCAAAGGAAUACAAUGCCUACGUUCACAUGCCUUGGUGCCAGGAGGCAUUGCUCAGCCCGUGCAAGUGCUUUAUUCAUCCUUGUUAGUGGCAGUGGGAUGAGUAGGCUAUUUGACAAUAGCCUCUGCACUUAUCUGACCUACUUCUUGCGAGAGGUUUUAAUAAGACUUUUCCAGUCAUUUCACUCUGUCAUUUCAAAUGGGCACAAUUUUUCAGAAUGUUUCAAGAAGCAUCAUCACACAAAUGAGCACCAGCACCUCCACGAAAGGUGUAACACGGGCAUUUAGUUAGAUAUGCCAGUUGAGGCUGUUCAUUCCCAGAGAAGUAAGAGGGACAAGAAAGCCUGCUGAAGAGUCCCUUCUGCCAGCCCAGCUAGUGAUCACUGCACACCCCUGCAUUGUGUAACACAGUGACUUAGCUGCCCAGAAAGCUCCCUCUCCUCCCCAGUUUUGGCGCAUGAUACAUCAGUACAAGCUUUUCCAAACCUUUGAAGAGCGUUUCAGCUCAGGCUCCUGGGCUCCCACCUAAGCUUGGAGAGAUACAGAUGCGAGCCCACAAAUAUGUAUAAAUCAUGCAAAAUGAGACUGAAGUAGUAGCUGCAUGAGUUUGAAGUGAAAGGAAGAUUGGCUUAUCUGCCUCACCCAUCCUUGUCCACAAGCAGGUCAGCAGUGACUGCCAGCGCUCUGGUAGGAACAGAUGGCUGCAAUGGAUGCCACUGAGGCCAAGGCUGAGUCAGUAUCACCAUGAGCAAUGGGCACUGUAGUCUGGUAACUUCAACUACCCUCACAUGCCAUUGAAAAAGCCACCACUGGUUUCUCUAUUAAGGCCAGACUGAUUUCCAGAUCCUCAAAUGAUGUAAAAAAAAAAUAUUCAGCUGAGGAGCUGGUCCCAAGGAGUCAGGAGUUGGACUCAACGAUUCCUGUGGGUCCCUUCCAACUCAGGAUAUUCUAUGAUUCUAUGGUUCUAUGAUAUCAUGCAGUGGUGGACUCAAUGCAGAGUGUUGUCCUGUUGGCCUCAGCCUGGAGUGCAAAAGGCACUGGGCUGUGAGUGCCAUCCCUGGGAGCAAAAUUACAUCCUGUCUUAAGUAAAUUCAGAAAGGGUAGAGGCCAUUUCCAGUCCUGUAUGUAUAUGCCUGAUGCAUUUGAAAUGCGAGCUUGUGAAAGACUCUUGCAACCAAAACUUGAAUCCAGUAUCAUUUCUUCAGAACACUUGUAUCUGAAUGGAGCUAGUGUCUUUUUUCUCUUUCUUUGCAAUGGCUAAGUGCACUACCCUUAAAGUCUAUUUUUCAUCAUUGACUGGGCACUCUUCACAGUAUUGGGUUGUAAAUAUAAAGAAUUAUUUGUUUUGUAAACUUUUGUAAAAACAACAACAAAAAGUAAUAAUAUUUUGGUAGGAAUAAUAAAAAUCAUAUUAUUUGGGUUAUAUUUAUACAUAUGUGAAAUAAAUAUACUAUCAAAAAGUUGUAUUUUAUACAAAAAGUCAACUGUUACCUUUUGUAUUCUAUAUACAAAGUUUUGUAUGAUAUGAUUGUUUAUUUUUAUCUGCAGAUUUCAAUUUUGGGUUUUGGGGGAGGGCAGAACGGGAUCAUGGUUAAAUAGCUGGGUCUGACCCCAAGCUCACUGAAACCAAUGGAGUUUUUCCAUUGCCUUCACAGGGCUUUGAAUCAAGCCUUUAAAUCACCUUCAGAUAUGUUUCACAUCUGAAGCUCUCUGGAAACCUCAACAUGAAAACAUUCCAGGUUUCAAAUUUUUUCCCUGAAAAAGGCUUUUAUUAUUAUAAUUAUUGUUAUUAUUGUUAUUUCAGCUGUUGGGAGGCAGGUGGGACCUAUGUAACUGUCAUGUCCUUGUUGCAUGUAUGUCUGCUUUAUAUUUUCCCCAUAUUAUAAACCAGUGUUCCUCUAUACAGACUGAAAAGAAAAGUUGCUGUACAGAAAUGUUUGUGUUUAUGCAUUUUUACAUGUGGCUGUAUAUACCUCCUAGUACUAUGCAGUGACACUUAUUUGACUCCAUUUAUUUUUCACCUAAACAUGAAUAGUAUGUUUUUCAGUAGCUAUCAAAACUCUGCCAAGUAAAUCAAUCAAAAUUA